AUGGCCGCCUAUCCACAGGGCUGCGGGGAUGCCACCGUGCUGGACUUCGUCGCAGACCUGUCCCUGGCCUCCCCGAGACACCCGCUCCUUUGCGACUUCAUGCCUGGUGCCCCCUUUGGGGGCCGAGCCGGAGCCCUUACUCUCAGAGAGAGAAGACCCAGGAGGAUGGCGCGAUUUGAGGAGGGGUGCCCAGAAGAAGAGGGGGAAUUAGACGAAGGGGAUGAGGAGGAGGAGGAGGAAGAGGAGCGCGGGAGAGGUGCCUCUCUGCUGGGCCGCCCCAAGAGGAAAAGGGUGAUCACCUAUGCCCAGCGCCAGGCCGCCAACAUCCGCGAGAGGAAGCGGAUGUUCAACCUCAACGAGGCCUUUGACCAACUGCGGAGGAAGGUGCCCACUUUUGCUUAUGAGAAGAGGCUGUCCCGGAUCGAGACCCUACGCCUGGCCAUCGUCUACAUCUCCUUCAUGACUGAGCUCUUGGAGAGCUGUGAGAAGAAAAAAUCUGGCUGA